CUCCACAGCUGAAGCAGCAGGCAGCUAGACAUAACAGCAGGCAGAUCUUCAUCCAUCUCCACCAUGAAGUCAGCAGCAGCUCUCAUCGCUCUUCUGGUCGUCCUGCUGGUCGGAGAAACAAUAGGUCAAAGGGGCAGUCUGGGAAGGUGCAAGUGUCAGGAUGAGGGGGUCCAGUUCAUUCGCCCAAAACUCAUCGAGAGCCUGGAGGUGAUUCCCUCCUCCUCGUCAUGUGACAAAGUGGAGAUCAUUGUCACUUUGAAGAAUGGGGAUGGAAAGAAGUGCCUGAACCCAGAAAGCCCAUUUGCUCAGAAUUACGUCAAGAGAUCCAUUAAAAAGAGGAGUGUGGAGACCAAGCCCUGAGAUGGUCAACUCAGAACUCACCUCAUGUUGUCAUGGCAUCAUCAGAGCAACAAACUAUGUCUGAAAUGGAAAAGGCAGCUAUGAAUUAAAUUAUUUUAGUAGUAAAUACUAUUAACAGUACUACUGUAUAGGCCAAUUUGUAAGCUAUUUUUAAAGUUAAAUUUGUCUGAAAUUGGUAUACCAUUUAUGAAUUGUAAUAUACUGUAGGCUAUGUGUAUGUCCAAUGCCUUUAUUACUGUUGGGAUUGUUAUUGAAAGUUUGGGAAAAAAAAGUUUUUGU